CCAUAAAGUGUACUCUUAAUACUUCAAAGAUUCCAACUUUGGCGACAUUUUGGUAUUUUGUCUCAUCUCCUUACCGGAUCAAUAUGUAUUUUGUUGGAAUCAUCAUCAUCCAAUGCCACUAAUCCCAAACCACCCAACCAAUUGCCUCUAAAAUUGCACUUUUGUCUUCAACCCACCUUCAAAAAUGCUUUCAAAUACUCAAUUGGGUAGUUUCACCAACUUCAAAACAAGAAAGAUGAGUAUGAGGCUUCCAAAUUCUCAAUCUUUUCUUGAUUUUAAGGAUACCCAGUUGGGGAAUUCACUCAAUUCAGGGUUUCUUGAUGAACCCAGAUGCAUAAAGCAGGUAAUUUCUUGUUUGGCACCCUUAAAAACCCUAACUUGCACUGUUCUUGAUGGACCCAGAUGGUCAAAAGACUCAAAACAGAGUCUUUCUUGUUCCAGACCCUUGAAGUUUAAAAAUUACAGUAAUCAGGAGGUGGGUUUGUUUAGAACAGUUGAAAGGAAUAAGAAUUUGUUGUCUGUUAGGGUUAAAUCAGUGAUGGAUGUUAGUAAAGUAGUGGAGAAAGAUGAGGUGGUAGAGGGGAGGAAUAAGGGUGGUUAUGAUGCAAUUGUGAUUGGUUCUGGGAUUGGCGGGUUGGUGGCGGCGACACAAUUGGCGGUGAAGGGGGCGAAGGUGUUGGUGCUUGAGAAGUAUGUGAUUCCUGGUGGGAGUUCAGGGUUUUAUGAGAGAGAUGGGUAUACUUUUGAUGUUGGUUCUUCUGUGAUGUUUGGGUUCAGUGAUAAGGGAAAUUUAAAUUUAAUAACUCAAGCAUUGGCGGCGGUGGGGUGUAAAAUGGAGGUGAUACCCGAUCCAACCACUGUUCAUUUUCAUCUACCGAAUAACCUUUCUGUUCAAGUACACAGAGAAUACGACGAUUUCAUUUCCGAACUCACAAGUAAAUUCCCACACGAAAAAGAAGGAAUUCUCAAAUUCUACAACGAAUGUUGGAAGAUUUUUAACGCGUUGAAUUCGUUGGAACUCAAGUCCCUUGAAGAACCUUUAUACCUCUUUGGUCAGUUUUUUAAAAAGCCUGCCGAAUGCUUGACGUUAGCUUAUUAUUUGCCACAAAACGCGGGAGCCAUUGCUCGCAAUUACAUAAAAGAUCCUGAAGUGCUCUCAUUCAUAGAUGCGGAGUGUUUCAUUGUGAGCACGGUUAAUGCUUUACAAACACCCAUGAUUAAUGCAAGCAUGGUUUUAUGUGAUCGGCAUUUUGGGGGCAUUAAUUACCCUGUUGGUGGGGUCGGAGAGAUUGCAAAGUCUUUGACAAAAGGUUUAGUUGACCAAGGAAGUGAAAUACUUUACAGGGCAAAUGUCACAAGUAUUAUCGUUGACAACGGGAAGGCAGUAGGAGUGAAAUUAUCAGAUGGAAGAGAAUUCUUUGCCAAAACCAUAAUCUCAAAUGCUACAAGAUGGGAUACUUUCGGCAAACUUUUGAAAAAGCAGGAUCUGCCAAAAGAAGAAGAAAAAUUUCAAAAAAUUUACGUAAAAGCCCCUUCUUUUCUUUCUAUUCACAUGGGGGUCAAAGCCGAGGUUUUGCCACCGGAUACGGAUUGCCAUCAUUUUGUUCUUGAGGAUGAUUGGAAAAACUUAGAGGAGCCUUAUGGGAGUAUAUUUUUGAGCAUCCCAACUAUGCUUGAUUCAUCUUUGGCUCCAAAAGGACGCCAUAUUCUUCACAUAUUUACAACUUCCUCCAUAGAAGAUUGGCAGGGGCUUUCGACAAAAGAUUAUGAGAUAAAGAAGGAGCUUGUUGCCGACAAAAUAAUUAGCAGACUGGAAAAUAAACUAUUUCCGGGCCUCAAAGCGUCCAUCGAAUUUAAAGAGGUGGGCACCCCAAAGACACACAGACGGUAUCUCGCCCGUGAUAGCGGUACAUACGGGCCCAUGCCACGUAGCGUACCUAAGGGGUUGUUGGGAAUGCCUUUUAAUACCACUGCUAUAAGUGGUCUAUAUUGUGUGGGUGAUAGUUGCUUUCCAGGACAAGGUGUUAUAGCCGUUGCUUUCUCCGGUGUAAUGUGUGCACAUCGAGUAGCUGCAGAUGUUGGACUUGAAAAGAGGUCACCAGUAUUAGACGCCGGGCUCCUUGGACUUCUGGGUUGGUUGAGGUCGUUAGCGUAACACGCUUUCUAAAUGUAAUCAUGCAAAAUAUCUGUGUAUACGUUCAUAUCGAGGAUCACUACUUUUUUUUCCCUACGGUUUAAAAUACGUAUUACUGAAUAUAUAAGGAUUAUUUUUGAUA